AUGGAGAAGGACAUCUAUUAUUACAUUGGUGUGGACGUCGGUACAGGCUCUGUACGAGCAUGUAUCAUCGAUGAUUUGGGAACCAUCAAAUCACAAGCAGAAUUAUCCAUUCAUAGACAAGAAUUGAAAACUGAUUGCAUUACGCAAUCCUCCCAAGAAAUCUGGAGGGCUGUUUGCUUUUGCGUGAAGAAAGUGGUAAACGAAUUAGGGUGUACGAGAGAUCAAGUUAAGGGAAUCGGGUUUGAUGCUACAUGUUCAUUAGUCGUCGUGGAUAAGGUAACUAAUCGAGGCGUUGCUGUAGGGCCUGAUUUUAAUGAUUCUAAUCAAGAUAUUAUAUUGUGGAUGGAUCAUAGGGCCCUGAAGGAGACCAAAGAGAUUAAUUCUACUAACGAUGAGUGUUUGAAAUAUGUUGGAGGACAAAUGUCAAUUGAAAUGGAAUUACCCAAGAUUAAAUGGUUGAAAAGACAUAUGAGUAAAGAUGUGUUUGCAAGAUGUGAAUUUUAUGAUUUGGCUGAUUAUUUAACGUUUAAAGCUACAGGAAGGAAAACAAGAUCGUUUUGCUCUGUCGUUUGUAAGCAGGGAAUGGUACCCAUGGGUGUCGAGGGCUCUAAAUUGGGUUGGUCAAAGGAUUUCCUUCGAAAUAUUGAUCUUGAAGAAUUGACUUACAAUGAUUAUGCAAAACUGGGAGGUUCAGUAUCUGGAUCGCAUGGGCGUAAUUUUUUGACUGCUGGUGAAUAUAUAGCACCCUUGAACGAUCAAGCUAUUGAAGAAUUAGAGCUAUCAAAAGAGUGCAUCGUUGGAUCAGGUAUAAUUGAUGCAUAUGCAGGUUGGCUUGGAACUGUGGGCUCAGGUACAGUUGAUCUAGAACAACUAUUUAGAGUUGGGAUGGCGAAUGCAAUUGGGAGAUUGGCCGCGGUGGCAGGUACAUCCACAUGUCACAUUGUGCUAUCAAAAGAUCCUAUAUUUGUCCCGGGUGUUUGGGGUCCAUAUAAAGAUACCAUUACUAAAGGAUAUUGGUGUACUGAAGGUGGACAAAGUUGUACUGGUGCAUUACUACAACACGUCUUGCAAACGCAUCCCUCAUAUAAAGAACUUGAAGAAAUUUCUGAGAAAAAUGGUAUGAACAAGUUUGAUUAUCUUAACACUAGAUUAGCAGAAAUGGCAAAGAGAUCCAACGAGCGAUCUGUUUUAUGUCUUGCUAAACAUAUAUUUUUUUAUGGAGAUUUGCACGGGAAUAGAUCUCCCUUGGCUGACCCAUCCAUGAAAGGUGCUAUAGUAGGGUUAUCAAUGGAUACAAGUCUGGAUAAUUUAGCUAAGACAUACCUUGCUGCUUGUGAGUUUAUUGCUCAACAAAAUAGACAAAUCAUUGAAGCCAUGUGUGAUGCUGGUCAUGAAAUAUCUGCCAUUUAUAUGUCUGGUGGACAAUGUAGAAAUAGUCUCCUGAUGAAACUCCUGGCAGAUUGUUCAGGUUUAUCUGUCAUAAUACCCGAAUAUAUCGAUUCGGCUGUUGUAUUUGGUGCCGCCAUUCUGGGUGCAUCUGCUAGCAAAUUGUAUCAGCUUAAUGGAUCAGAGUCAGAUACAGUGAUAAAUACAGAAAAUAUAUUAUGGAGUACUAUGAAUAAAAUGACUAAAGUUGGAAGUUACAUUAUGCCAGUACCAAAGGAUCAUCCUGAUCGUAUCUUAUUAGAUGCUAAAUACAAGAUUUUUUUAGAUAUGGCUGAUCGACAGAAAAGAUAUAGAGCAAUUGUUGAUGCAGUUGAAGAUUAA